AUGCCGACCAAGCUAGAGUUCGGAGACGUCAGGGGCGUGCGAGUAGGUAGACGGUUCAAGGACCGACAAGCUUUGAGGGCAGCCGGGGUGCACCCCGGAAACCCACUUGCUGGCAUAUAUGGACGGAAAGAGGAGGGCGCGGUGAGCGUUGUACUAUCGCGCGGUUUUGUAGAUUUAGCAGAUGAAGACCAUGGAGACCACUUCACAUACAUUGGAAGCGGUGGCCGAGCGCGUGGAGAUCGCUUCGGCGGUCGAGUCGGAGACCAGUCGUUUGACAACCAUUUGAAUGCAGCCCUACGGAAAUCUGCGUUAGAACACAAGCCUGUGCGGGUCACUCGCGGAGAGCACUCAAAAACGAAGUACGCACCGGCUGAGGGGUACCGCUACGACGGGCUUUACACUGUCUCGAAUCCCCGUUUGGAAGAAGGUCCCGACGGUCUCAAGGUCUGCAAGUUUGAUUUCCAUCGUCUCCCUGAUCAAGACCCCUUGCCCAAUCCGGACGAGCCAGGCUUCGACUACCCGACAGACAUCGAAAUACGGAGGAUGAUGUUCGUUGAAGCUCGCAAACAGCAGGCACGCUCUGGCUCGGGCGACGCGUCCGGCUCCCAAGACCGCCCAACGGACGUCGAUGCCAUGAGCGAAGACGAGGAAGGGGACGACCCUUUCGGCGACGUGGAGGAUAUUGAGGAGCAGCUAGAGCCGGUCAUGAAUCGUCUUGAAGAGUUUCAAGCCCCAGAGACGGAAAAGAAGGAUCGCGGGAAAGCCAUCCUGUACAUUGGCCGCCGUGUGCAGAGUGUGCUCGAGGAGAAGACGCGCCAGGGCAAAGACGAGGCCGGGCGUGACCGCGAAUGGUGGCACAAUGCUCUCUGGUCCUAUGUCUGGUUUUCGGCGCCCAAGAGGCCAAAGGAGACAGAGGCGCGUCCGGGCGAAGCGAAGAAGUGGUAUGAGAAAAAGGAAAAGAAGAUCAGAGAGAAGAAAGAAGGAAGCUUAGAUCAAAAGGCAGCGAAAGGGCAGAAGAACAAGAAGCAGAGUGCUGCAAAGCGCAAGCGGCCAGGAGAGCCAGAUGACAGCUCGGGCGAUAUUGACGCUGGCUCACCGACAAGGUCACCGCGUCCGAAGAGACUCAGAGGUACAACAACACCGAUGGCGCAGGAGAUGGCUGCGGGGGACAAUUUACCAGAUGGUGCUCUUGAAAAUAUGGACAGUGAUGACGAUUCAGCCUUUGACGUUUAA